AUGGCUCCCGUCGGAGGAGCAUCACAGUUUGAAGCUGCUCUUCACCGACGGCAGCAGCUGCAAGGCUCGUCUGGACCAGCUGCUCUGCUAAAGAACGUGAGAGUCUUCGGCAUUGCAUGCUUCGCCUGUCUUGGAGGUCUUCUCUAUGUUCUCACUAUGACCUCUUUCGACCGGCACAUGGGAGUCUGGGUUCGGAACUCAACCAAAAAGGGCUGGUUGACUUCGAUCCUCGAACUUGGCGCCUGGGUCGGAUGCUUGUACAGCGGCUUCCUAGCCGAGAUCCUUUCACGAAAGUACGCAAUCUUGGUCAAUACUGCGAUCUUCAUCAUCGGCGUGGUCGUACAGUGCACCGCGAUCACCGGUGCAGGAGCCAGCGCCAUUCUUGGUGGUCGUUUCGUCACUGGUAUGGGAGUUGGAUCUCUGUCGAUGAUUGUGCCCAUGUAUAACGCAGAGGUGGCUCCACCUGAGGUGCGAGGUGCUCUUGUUGGUCUGCAACAGCUCGCCAUCACAACCGGAAUCAUGAUCGCGUUCUGGAUCGAUUAUGGCACGAACUACAUCGGAGGCACGGGCAGAGGUCAACACGAUGCUGCCUGGCUCGUCCCACUUUGCCUACAGCUUGCGCCUGCAGUCUUACUCGGAGCAGGAAUGGCCUUCAUGCCUUUCUCACCAAGAUGGCUCGUGCACCAUGAUCGCGAAGUCGAAGCAAGGAAAACACUAGCAAGUCUGCGAGAUCUACCGCAAGACCAUGAAUUGAUCGAGCUCGAGUUUCUGGAGAUCAAAGCACAGUCACUGUUCGAGAAACGCUCCACAGCCGUAUGCUUUCCCGAGCUUGCCGAUGGUUCUGCUUGGAGUACCAUCAAGCUCCAGUUCAUUGCCGUCGGUUCACUCUUCAAAACCAUGCCGAUGUUCAGACGUGUUGCUUUGGCGACGGUAACAAUGUUCUUCCAGCAGUGGACGGGCAUCAACGCAAUUUUAUAUUACGCUCCACAAAUCUUCAAGGGACUGGGACUGUCCUCGAAUACCACUUCACUCCUCGCGACAGGCGUUGUCGGUAUUGCAAUGUGGCUCGCUACCUUUCCAACAGUCCGCAAACCAAUCCUCAUCAGCGGAGCAAUCGGAAUGGCAACCUGCCACAUGAUCGUCGCAGUCAUCACCGCCAAAAACCAAGACUCCUGGUCCACGCACUCCGCAGCCGGCUGGGCCGCCGUAGCCAUGGUCUGGCUUUUUGUGGUAUUCUUCGGCUACUCCUGGGGCCCCUGCGCAUGGAUCGUAAUCGCAGAAAUCUGGCCGAUAAGUCAAAGACCGUAUGGAAUUGCUUUGGGAGCGAGUUCCAAUUGGUUAAAUAAUUUUAUCGUCGGUCAAGUUACACCAGAUAUGCUCACCAGUAUGACUUACGGCACAUAUCUGUUCUUCGGAAUUUUAACGUUUAUGGGCGCGGGAUUUAUUUUUCUCUUUUUUCCCGAGACUAAGAAGUUGAGUUUGGAAGAGAUGGAUGUUUUGUUUGGGUCUGCGGGUUUCGCGGCGGCGGAUGAGGGGAGGAUGAGAGAAAUAAGUCGUGAGGUUGGGUUGGAGGAGGUGCAAGACUACAAUGUCCCGGCGUAUCCACGCUUAACUAGAACUCCCGCCCCCUCAUACCCCUCCGCCAUCAACUUCGCAUUCCCCAAAGGCGUACCCGGAUCCGCAGUGUUCCCAAUCGAAAGCAAAGGAUGA